AUGACGUUGCGGAGGUGGAGUGACAACGGCUUGAAAUUGCACAGCAAGCUGUUAUCUGGUCUACUUGUUCUUGAGGCAUUCGGUCCGAUUGCCAAGAUCGCUGUUGAAAAAUUAUUUGAUGAAGAAAAGAAGAAUGCAGAAGCUGUAUUGUUGGAGAGAACAAUUACACUGAUUGAGGAUAUGCUGUUUUUUGCGAAAAGGAACCGUGAUGUCCGUGAAACUUCUGGAAAAUGA